GCGAAAUUCAACCGAAGCCAUCUUGUGGCCCAGCACGGUGCAGGCCGGCAGGGUUGCCCUGCUGGCUCCCUAGAGUUGCAGAGAGUGGGGUGCAACCGCGGUGGUGCUAGUGUUUGGGGCCCUCGGAGUAGGGGGUGCAGCUUCCGGGCCGCGCUGGCCCGGGCUGGGCUAUACCUUCAAGGCGCUAUGGACCUGCGGAAGGGCAGUUCCCUCCAGAGAUACCACCUCCACCCGGGUCAAGGCUAUGAGCACAGCCAGCUCAGUCACCAGCAGCUGGACCCAAGAUUUCCCGCUGACCAUUUCCGGCUCCAGCAAAUAGCAUUUUUGCAGGGAUUUUGCCCAGAAGUUCCCCUUCCUGGAAAGCAGGCCUCUUCACUGCUGUCGUUCCCGGGACUCAGGCCAAGGUUUCCAGGCCCACCUGUCAGAUUCAGGCAGCCAGGGAGCGGGGCUGUCCCCUGGGACGUGCCUCUCAGUAGGCCGGGGUGCCAGGAAGGACUGCAGCCCCCUUUAUCACGCACCAGGGUUGUGGCAUGCAAAGGUGUUGACAGGCUUUCCUCACGCUUCCAGCGUCUCAGUAUAGAUCAGGAUCGGGAGCAAAGGAUCUUUGAGGAGCUCAAGGAGGGGCAGGUUCUUUCAGCCACUCAGCUGGCUGAUAAGCUCCGAACCUCAAGAAAGGACAUCAAUCGAGUUUUGUACUCUCUGGCGAGGAGGGGUAAGCUGCACCAAAAGGCAGGAAGGCCCCCUCUGUGGAGCAUCAUCGUCUCUGCUGCAGCUGAGGAACAGCUGUGCACGGCAGAUUGGGAGCCCGUGCCACAGAAUCCAGAUCUCUGUAGCCAGGGAACCCCAGGCUCAGCCCAGGGUUUGGAAGCUGAGGACACAGGUGUCCCAUCUGACGUAGAAGAAGAUCCUGCUGAGUUUUUGGACAUGGCUGAGAUCAAGGAGAAAAUCUGUGACUACCUGUUCAAUGUGUCUAACUCCUCUGCCCUGAAUGUGGCCAAAAAUAUUGGCCUCAGCAAGGCCCGCGAUGUGAACACGGUGCUGAUCGAUUUGGAAAAGCAGGGCGAUGUCUACAGGCAGGGGGCCACCCCUCCCAUCUGGUAUUUGACAGACAAGAAACGAGAGAGGAUGCAGAUCAAGAGAAAUGCAAACAGUGUCCCCGAAACCACUCCCGCCCCCGCUGCCAAGAGAAACACAGCGCUCCCCACCAGUUGUCCACCCAAGUCUGAUGCUUCACACACCCCAGUGGCCAUGGUAAAGGUAGAGAACGGACAGGAGCCUGCCAUAAAGGUAGAAAGGCAAGAGGCCAGGCCGGAACCUGCAAGACUGAAGCCGCCCGUGUAUCACAACGGCCCCUCCAAAGCAGGCUAUGUUGACUUUGAAAAUGGCCAGUGGGCAACAGAUGACAUCCCAGAUAAUCUGAAUAGCAUCCAUGCAGCCCCAGGUGAGUUCCGAGCCAUCAUGGAGAUGCCCUCCUUCUACAGUCACAGCUUGCCACGCUGUACACCCUACAAGAAGCUGACUCAGUGCCAGCUGAAGAACCCCGUCAGUGGGCUCUUAGAGUAUGCACAGUUCGCUAGUCAGACCUGUGAGUUCAACCUCAUCGAGCAGAGCGGACCACCCCACGAACCUCGGUUUAAGUUCCAGGUCGUCAUCAGCGGCCGAGAGUUCCCCCCAGCUGAGGCGGGCAGCAAGAAAGUGGCCAAGCAGGAUGCAGCCAUGAAAGCCAUGACUAUUCUGCUUCGAGAAGCCAAAGCCAAGGACAGUGGGAAAUCGGAAGACUUGUCCUGCUGCCCCAUGGAGAAAGACUCUGAGAAGGCAGAGCCGCAGCCCAGUGCCCCAUCGGCCGUUUCCCUCUUCUCCGGAAAGAGUCCUGUCACUGCGCUGCUUGAGUGUAUGCACAAGCUGGGCAACUCCUGUGAAUUCCGUCUCCUGUCUAAGGAAGGCCCUGCCCACGACCCCAAGUUCCAGUACUGUGUUGCAGUGGGCUCCCAAACCUUCCCUGCUGUAAGUGCUCCCAGCAAGAAAGUGGCCAAGCAGAUGGCAGCGGAGGAAGCCAUGAAGGCCUUGCAAGAGGAGGCAGCCAACCCCAUGGGCUCUGAUGACCAGUCCGGAGGGUCCAACACAGACUCUCUUGAGGCCUUGGAGUCUGGAAUGCCCAGCAAGAUCCGAAAGGUCGGGGAGCUCGUCAGGUACCUGAACACAAACCCCGUGGGCGGCCUGCUGGAGUACGCCCGCUCCCAUGGCUUUGCUGCCGAGUUCAAGUUGGUUGACCAGUCUGGACCUCCUCACGAACCCAAGUUUGUUUACCAAGCAAAAGUUGGAGGUCGUUGGUUCCCAGCCGUGUGUGCACACAGCAAGAAGCAAGGCAAGCAGGAAGCGGCCGACGCAGCUCUCCGGGUCUUGAUUGGGGAGAACGAGAAGGCAGAACGCAUGGGUUUCACAGAGGUAACCCCAGUGACAGGGGCCAGUCUCAGAAGAACUAUGCUCCUCCUCUCCAGGUCCCCAGAAGCACAGCCAAAGACACUUCCUCUCACGGGCAGCACCUUCCACGAUCAGAUCGCCAUGCUGAGCCACCGCUGCUUCAACACCCUCACCAACAGCUUCCAGCCCUCCCUGCUGGGCCGCAAGAUCCUGGCGGCCAUCAUCAUGAAAAAGGACCCUGAGGACAUGGGGGUCGUCGUCAGCCUGGGGACAGGGAAUCGAUGUGUGAAGGGCGACUCUCUUAGUCUCAAGGGAGAGACAGUCAAUGACUGCCACGCCGAGAUCAUCUCCCGGCGAGGUUUCAUCAGGUUCCUCUACACCGAGCUAAUGAAGUACAACCCCCAGACCGCGAAGGAAAGUAUAUUUGAACCUGCUAGGGGAGGAGAAAAGCUCCAAAUAAAAAAGACGGUUUCAUUCCAUCUGUACAUCAGCACUGCUCCCUGUGGCGAUGGCGCCCUCUUUGACAAGUCCUGCAGUGACCGCGCCAUGGAGAGCACGGACUCCCGCCACUACCCUGUGUUCGAGAACCCCAAGCAAGGAAAGCUCCGCACCAAAGUGGAGAAUGGAGAAGGCACAAUCCCUGUGGAAUCCAGUGACAUUGUGCCCACAUGGGACGGUAUCCGCCUUGGGGAGAGGCUCCGUACCAUGUCGUGCAGUGACAAGAUUCUGCGCUGGAACGUGCUGGGCCUGCAGGGUGCCCUGCUGACCCACUUCCUGCAGCCCAUCUAUCUCAAGUCUGUCACGCUUGGCUACCUUUUCAGCCAAGGGCACCUGACCCGCGCAAUCUGCUGUCGAGUGACAAGAGAUGGAAGUGCAUUUGAGGAAGGACUACGAAAGCCUUUUAUUGUCAACCACCCCAAGGUUGGCCGGGUCAGUGUCUAUGACUCCAAAAGGCAGUCUGGGAAGACCAAGGAGACGAGCGUUAACUGGUGUCUGGCUGACGGCUACGAACUGGAGAUCCUGGACGGCACCAGGGGCACCGUGGAUGGGCCACGGAAUGAGUUGUCGCGGGUCUCCAAGAAGAACAUCUUCCUUAUGUUUAAGAGGCUCUGCUCCUUUCGUUACCGCAGAGAUUUACUGAAACUCUCCUAUGGUGAGGCCAAGAAAGCUGCCCGUGACUAUGAGAUAGCCAAGAACUACUUCAAAAAGAGCCUCAAGGACAUGGGCUACGGGAACUGGAUAAGCAAACCGCAGGAGGAGAAGAACUUCUACCUCUGCCCAGUGCCCAGUGACUGAUGCAGUGUGGUGGGGGGCUCUCAGCGGGGCGAGAGAGUUAGAGCCUGUAGCAUUCCUCAUCACGUUGGUCAGGGGGUUGGUUUUUGGUUUUUUUUUAAUCAUCCUUUUUUUUUUUUUUUUUUCCUAAUAGAACUGCAAUUGGUGAUCCUCAGAACUUUGGGUUCCCAUUUAUUCUGCUUUCUUGGGGAAUUCUCUAGGUGGAGUCUGGCUAGGCCCCCUCAUUUUUCCCCAAUUAAAAAGCAGAGUCCAAAA